GCGGUGUCAGUCACCAGCGCGAGUCCGCCUAGGAGAGACAUGGUACCAUGAGGAUGUCAAGGGUCAACAUGGUGUGGCGCGUCGUUAUGUGCACGGUGGUUUUGCUGGCGGGGCAGGUGCGGGCCUUCAACCUGGAGACGCGGCUGCCGCUCGUCAAGAACGGCGCCGACGGUGUCUACUUUGGAUUCUCAGUCGCCGAACACCAGAUCGUCGACUCGGUCACCAACAAUUCCUUGGUCACCGACAGCUGGAUGCUGGUUGGAGCGCCUCUCGAUCAGAAUCUGCAGCCCAACACGAACCGAUCGGGCGCCCUGUGGAAGUGUCCGAUGACGACCCUGACCGACGACUGCGUCCAGGUCAUCACCGACGGCCUCAGAAAUCAGAACGGAGUUUACUUUAAACUAAAACAUAAACAUAUAGACUCGCAAAGACUGCAGUCGCCGGGCAACGAUGAAAUCAAAGACGGACAGUGGAUGGGAGUCACCGUUCGCAGCCAAGGACGUGGAGGAAAAGUGUUGGUUUGCGCCCACAGGUACAUCCACAAAGGACUCGAUUUCCAGUGGGGACGCGGACUUUGCUAUACCCUCACGCAGUACCUGGACUUUGACAAAUCGCACGACCCAUGCAAGGGACGAUCAACAAAGAGAGCUCACGAAGACUACGGCUUCUGCCAGGCAGGGACCAGCGGCGUGCUGACAGAGUCGGAGGAACUUUUGGCCAUCGGCACGCCCGGCCCAUUCACAUGGCGCGGCGCGAUUUUCGUCUCGUCGGUCAGCGACGACUUCCUCAAUCGGCCAAAGACGACUUUCCACACGCCCGUCACAGAGACCGACUCCCCGGUCGACAAAUACGCGUACUUGGGUAUGUCAGUGGCCGCGGGCAACUUUUACAGCAAGAAAAUCGGCUUCGCCGCGGGCGCCCCUCGUGACAACGGCACUGGUCGCGUCGUCAUCGUGCCCGAAGUGCGCGACGGUGUCAACCCAAUGCAGAUACACGCUCAACUCUCAGGGGAGCAAUUUGCAUCAAGCUUUGGGUACGAGCUCGCCGCCGCCGAUAUAAACGGAGACAAGCGGUCCGACUUGCUGGUGGGUGCCCCAUUUUACUAUGGACGAGACUCUGGCGGCGCCGUCUACGUCUACAUGAACACCAACGAGUACUGUCUGCACUGCAACAAACCGCAGAAGUUGGUUGGAAAGCCUGAAUCAAGGUUUGGUUUUUCGAUCGCGCGCCUGGGCGACCUAAACAAGGACGGAUUCGAGGAUGUGGCAAUCGGAGCGCCGUACGAAGGCAAGGGAGCCGUCUACAUCUACCUAGGCUCCGAUAAGGGACUUAUCACAGAGCCAGCACAGGUCAUCAGAUCUGAGGCUCUACCAAGAUCGCAACCUCCCACCUUUGGUUACUCCCUGAGUGGUGGAACUGACAUGGACCUGAAUGGCUACCCUGACUUGCUCAUCGGCGCCUACGACUCGGACACGACUGUUCUUUUGAUGGCGCGUCCAAUUAUUGGAAUUUUGACCUACGUCCGUCCAGAACAAAACCUGAAGAACAUUGACCCACUGAAGAAGGGCUGCUCAAAAUACCCUAAUAGAGAUUAUACCUGUUUUGUUUUUGAAGCAUGUUUUGAUAUCGAAAGUGCUGGACGUUCUUACGGUGGAAAACACGAUCUGACUUUGAAAUACAGACUGGAGGCGGAAACUUUCUCAGGAAGAAAAUUCUCCAGAGUUUGGUUUGGCACUGACGAGGAUGACAACAACAGACCCUCUUUCGUUGAAAAGAACAUGAAGUGGAUGCCCCAAAAGGGUCUCACUUGCUCCGAGGAAGUUGUUUCUGUGAAGGAAAAUACGAGGGAUAUCCAGUCGCCGAUCAUCUUCAAACUUUCCUACUCGUUGAUCCAAGAGGAACCCCAACCUAUCAUUACCGGAGAAGCUCUGCCUUUGGUUGACAGGUAUCCUAUCUUGAAUCAGCAGGAGGCCGUCAAAGUUUUCCAGGCGACAUUCCAAAAGGACUGCGGUGAUAAUGAAGUGUGCGAAAGCAAUUUGGAGGUACAAGCUGAGCUGCAGUUGAAGCAAGUUGGAAGGCAGCAAUGGGAGCUCUUACUUGGUGAGCUUGAAGAGGUUGUAGUUAACGUCACCAUUUACAACCAUGGAGAGUCCGCCUACGAGUCUCAACUUUUCCUUUCCCACCCUGCAGGUCUGAGUUACAUUGGCACUGGAAUCGAGGAAAAGAACCAGUUUGCCUGCAAGCCAUUCAACACCACCAUGGUUUCCUGCAGCAUGGGAAACCCUUUCAAAAAGGGCACUAAGCACCUCAGACUCCGGUUUGACCCAAAGGACCUGAGUGACCGUGACCUCCAGCUGCUCUUCGUGGUCAGUGCCAAUUCAACCUCAGAAGACAUUGGGCAGCAGGGCCCAUUGAUCAUGCAGGCCAAUGUGGUCAAAAAGGCAGAACUUUCCAUCAAAGGCCUUGCAAGGCCAGAGCAAGUGUUUUACGGAGGCACCGUCAAGGGUGAGUCGGCCAUCAGGUACAGGGAUGAGGUUGGAACCAGGGUCCUCCACACAUAUCAGGUGUUUAACAGUGGCCCUUGGAAGGUCAACCAACUUGAGGUGCACAUCGACUGGCCAUACCAGGUGGCCAACAACAAGCCUCAGGGCAAGUGGCUCCUCUAUAUGGACGAGAAGCCCACAGUUGAAUCAAUUGGAGGGGGCGAGUGCAGAAUGAGUUAUGGUCAAGUCAAUCCGCUAAACUUGACUUCCCGUCCAGGAAUGGAAGAUCCGAUGGACAGUCUGAUCCUGGAUUCUCCCCCAGAGAGAAUUUUGUUUGACUCAACCAGAAGAAAAAGAGAUACCGAAAUGGUCCUCAGGCCUGAGGCAAUAACCGACAAGGAGGGCCGAAGACGAAGUGUGAUCUCAUCAAACUGUGUUGCUGGCACUGCUAAGUGCUUCACCUUUGUGUGCAUUAUCAGAAAUUUGCACAAAAACACUGAAGCUACAAUAAGAAUAAGAGCAAGGCUGUGGAACUCAACGUUAGUUGAAGACUACCCUCGAGUGGAUUGGGUCAAGAUUGGCUCAAGAGCUCGAAUCCACCUCCAGGGAAUCCAUCAGAGCAAUGACGAUGAUGAAUUCCAGGUGGAGACAAUAGCUUACCCCGAGCUGCUGGAGCAAACCGCCGGCGAAGGGGUGCCUUUGUGGAUGAUCAUCGUGGCGAUCGCCGCCGGUCUGCUGCUGCUGAUCCUGUUGACCAUUUGUCUGUGGAAGUGCGGCUUCUUCAAGAGACGCCGGCCUGACCCCACGCUGUCCGGCAACUUGGAAAAGCAACGCCACGACUGAUAAAAAAAAAGAGAAAAAACUAAACGUUCGAAAGAAGUGCCUAUCAGACAAAACUGCCAUUUUUAGUUCUAAUUUUCAGUUUCAGUGCAAUCGAGUAUUAUUUAAAUUAAUCCUACGUGGAGUGAAUGUGUUGAAUUUGUGGAGGAAAAUAACAGGCCUGUGACUAUUCACAACGUGAUAUAAAAACAAAACCAAAACUGAAAUCGUGUUGAGUGAAAGUGGAGAGUGGAGAGCCGAUUUUAAAUUAUUUGAAUGUGUUCCCAACUUCUUUUGUGAAGUUGGCGAGAAAGGUUUAUGAAAUAUCUUGUGUAAAUAUUUUAUUCAAAGUAUAGUUUAGUAAGUUAAGUGUAAAUGUGCUGCUAGUGUCUCUGAGUAUAUAUGUAAUGUUUUAAUAAAUGUUUCGUAUAUUGA